AAUUAAAUUAAAGCUUUACUUCACUAAUCCGCCAUGUCUUCCAGCCCCAUCAAGAAGCUAUCUUUAACUUCUCUGUCCGCAGUUCCAGUCCCUCUCCCAAUCCAUGGCCUGGUCGUCUUCAUCCUGCUCUACAUAGUCUUCGAUUGGGGGAGAAAAGCUUUCAGCUUUUUACUAGCGGCCAUGGAAUCGAACCAGGAGACCCAGAACAAAAUUCAAGAUUUUGAGCCGUCUGCGAGGAGGAUUAUCAACGAUGGCAGCGUGAGCAGAGAAGAAGUGGAGAUGGUUUUCGGCAGGCUGGGGAUUUUUUGCCACUCCGGAGCUGCAAAGCUUCAGGAGCGGUUCGACUCGGAAGACCUGUCGGGCCUGUUCGGAGAGGACGAGGAGGUUGUCGCCAUGGAUGACGAGGUUAAAGGUGCUUUCGACGUUUUCGAUGAGAACGGAGAUGGGUUUAUUGAUGAGAGGGAGUUGCAGAGAGUUCUGUGCCUUCUGGGAAUGAAGGAAGGGUCGGAGGUGCAGAGGUGCAGAGAUAUGAUCAGAGCGUUCGAUGAAAAUGGCGAUGGAAAGAUAGAUUUCCAUGAAUUCUCAAAGCUUAUUUGAAUUCAAUUCACUAACAGAUACUAAUCAUCAUCUAUCAGCUGUAAAAACCAAAUUAAAGAAAGCAAUCACUAACUGUUAUCAAUGGUUUUCAUUAAUUAAUCCCUAAAUCUUUAUUAAUUCCGUUGAUUUCUUCUAUGCAUCUUUAAUUUAUUUU